UCCCUGAACGCAACCCGCCGUCAGUUGGAGUAACCUGCGUCAACGGCCGCUCCGGUGUGUCCGUUUGUUUGUUUGACGGCUCGGCACGUUUACCGGGAGGAGGACCGACCCCGACCCCCGCGGCUGCUGUCCACACGGAGGUCCGGUUAAAGACUGUCUGUUUGCUGAGUCACUCAUUCACUUGCAGACUGUCCUGGUUCUCACUGACUGUCUGUCUCACUGACUGCGAGCCUCCAUCGAUCCUGUCAGCCUCCCCGUCCACCGCUGCACUAUGAGUGUAUGAUGUCCGAGAGCAGCUGCUAUGGCCUGCAGCAGCGGUCAGAGCAAUGCCGAAACUCUGGAGGGCUUCCAUGAGGUGAACUUGGCCUCGCCCACCACACCUGACCUUCAGAAUCAAGCGGAGCAGCGCCCCCCAGCCCGUCACAGCACCCCGCCCACCUCCCUGUACCGCACCCACUCUCUGGGAGGGCCCCCUCCUGGCCUGCGGGCCGAUCAGCUCCCCACGCAGCCGGUUUACUCCACGCCACGCCACAGUCACAAUGGGAGCGUGCCGGGCCAGGAGGCGGAGUCGGCCGAGGGCAACUUCCUGUCCGGAGAGGACGGGGAGGAGUGCGGCGCUCUGAGCGACGGCCUGUCGAGGCUGCGCAGCCCGUCGGUGAUGGAGGUCCGAGAGAAAGGAUACGAGAGGCUGAAGGAGGAGCUGGCCAAGGCCCAGAGGGACCUGCUGUUGAAGGAUGAGGAGUGUGAGAGGUUGUCUAAAGUCAGAGACCAGCUCGGCCAGGAGCUGGAGGAGCUCACCGCCAGUCUCUUCCAGGAGGCCCACAAAAUGGUCAGAGAAGCCAACGUCAAACAGGCGAAUGCCGAAAAGCAACUGAAAGAAGCCCUGGGCAAGAUUGACGUUCUCCAGGCGGAGGUCCAGGCCCUGAAGACACUAGUGCUCUCCUCACCCACCUCCCCGCUGGGCGAACUCCCCCCUGCAGGAGGCGUGAAGACUCCCUUCAGGAAGGGCCACAGCAGGAACAAGAGCACCUCGUCCGCCAUCCUGGGGUCGCAGCCCGACCCGUCGGCCACGCAGCCAAUCGUACGGGAGUGCAGAGAGGUGGACAGUCAGCUGUUCGGUGAGUUCAAGGCGUGGAAGGAGGAGCCGACGCUGGACCGGGGCUGCUGCUUCCUGGAGAGAGUUUACCGCGAGGACAUCUACCCGUGCCUCACCUUCAACAAGAGCGAGCUGGGUUCGGCCAUCUUGGAAGCCGUGGAGCAGAACACGCUCAGCGUGGAGCCGGUCGGUUUCCAGCCGCUGCCCGUGGUCAAAGCCUCGGCGGUGGAGUGCGGAGGACCAAAUGGGCGAAGGGCUGAGCUCGUCACAAAAUGUGCCCUGAGCGGUCAGACCAAAACCUGUAAGCACAGAAUCAAGUUUGGAGAUUCGUCCAACUAUUACUACGUGUCUCCCUACUGUAGAUAUAGAAUCACAGCAGUGUGUAAUUUCUUCACCUACAUUCGCUACAUCCACCAAGGGCUGGUCAAACAGCAGGAUGCGGAGCAGAUAUUCUGGGAGGUGAUGCAGCUCCGCAGAGAGAUGUCCUUCGCUAAGCUCGGCUACUACAAAGACCAACUGUGACUGACGGACAGCCCCCCGCCCUCCAAUCACAGCAGACUCUGAACCCUGAAGCUCCGCCCUCCUCCUCCUCCUCCUCCCCCCCUGGUUCUGGUUUCCCUCCUCUCAUCCGGUCCUCCCUGCCCUCCCCUCUUUGUGUGAGUGUGUUUUUGUGUGUAAGAGAGAAUAACUGGUUGUUUUCAACCAUCACAGAAGACUGUGACGUCAGUGGUCUGUUGUCGUUACUGAUCCGGGGAUUUGUUGGGUUUCUGUUGAGAUUUCCUUUUAUUUAACUAACACUCCGAUAUAUGAAGAUAACGGGCAUGAAAACAGACGUUAGACAUUUAAAUAUGUUGGCAUUUAAACCCAUCUGAGGAGCUUUGACCUUUGCUUUGAGUACGGCCUCAAUCACACUUUCUCCGGACAGAUUGGAGGAUUAGAGCCACAGCGAGGAAACCGUCGGAGAUUUACACAAUAUAGGUGAAAUACAGUGGUAGUGUUAUUAGAAUAAAGUCAUAAAACAAGGACAAGAUAACAAUAUAAAGUUAAAAAUUUGAUGUCAUAUUUCAAGAAUGUUAAAUUUUUUCUUGUAAAACUCAAAUUAUUGACUUUAUUUAACGUUUCACAACAUUCAGAUCUUUUAGAAUAUUUCUGUUCUGUGAAUCUCAGAUAUUUCUUCCUGUGGCCCUUUUUACUCAAGAAACCCUUUUUACAAUGCAGCUGAUAUUCUUCAGUAAACAGUAUAUUACAGUAUUCUGUGCAGUCAAAUCUUAAAGAAAUGAGACCCAAACAAUCGAUUAUUGUUUACAAAAUAAAACCGCGUUUGAACGUAUAUUUAAUUUCACUCUAUGUUGCAUUCUAGGACAUUUUAGGGAAGUGCAGUUGCAAAGAUAAUCAGAAGAGUACAAACUUUAGAGUUAAAUUACUGAGGAGCACAGUGAACCUUUUACCCCCCCCAACCCUGUAGUACUUCCUGAAUGGGGCUUUAAAAUGUCUUUUCAACAUAAACACAUGUAUUUAUAGUUUUUUUGAGCGUUUCUGAUGGUGUUUUUUUUGUUGUUGGAGUUUGUUUCAGACGUCGAUAAAGCUUCAGGAGAGUCGGGGGUUAAAGGAAAAAACAAACUGUUUAAAACACUACGUGAUGUUCUGGCGUCUUUACAUACUUUAUACAAACAUUUGGGGGAAUUUUUCCUUUAACGGCUCCUGGAGUUUUCAGUCUGCUGUAUUUAAUCAAUCAGGAAUGUGUAGAUAAUAAGCUGUGUGUGUGUGUGUGUGGAUGUUGAGUGUGUUUGUAUGCCUGGUGUUGUGUAAACUUUAUAUAUAUAUAUAUAUAUAUAUGUUAAUUUAAACCCGACUCCUUUGCAUCUCUCUCUCUCCCCCAUUCAAAGUCAAUGUCACUCUCCCGGUUUGGUUUAGUGCCUUUUCUCUCAGACACUCUGAAAUAAAAACAGUAAUACCUCUGGAAAA